AAUUUGACCGGUUGCUUAUGCCAAAUGAAAGCCGAAGGACAAAGUAGACGGGUAAUCCGUUGAAGCGCCGGCUGUGAAGAGGGAGAAGGAGGCCAGGCAAAUGUUGGGUGCAGUGAGAUUGCAGGUCUCAAACCCUAAAUUCAAUCCUCCCAUUCGGUUCUCAACCAAUGAUUAUGUCCGCUUCCGCCCCUUCCAUCUCCGCUUGCCGAAUCGCCGACUCUCUUCCCUGGCUGCUCCAUCAGCCAACAAUUCACCUGCUUCUUCAUCCUCAUCACAACCAUCAGAGCCCUUCGUUUCGUCUCACUUCACAUCCUCCAUUGGAUCCUCUCCUCUCCACCUCUCUACUCCGUGGAGACUCACCGAACGCCACAUCCUCUUCUUCAAUGUCAUCGCCUGCGCGGCAGCUGUUUCGGCUACCUGGCUGUUUUGCUCUGCAAUCCCAACCCUGUUGGCUUUCAAGAGAGCAGCGGAAUCGCUGGAGAAGCUGAUGGAUGCCACGAGGGAGGAGCUUCCUGAUACCAUGGCUGCUGUGCGGUUAUCGGGCAUGGAGAUUAGUGACCUUACUAUGGAACUCAGUGAUUUAGGGCAAGAAAUUACGCAAGGUGUCAGACGUUCAACGAGAGCUGUUCGCUUAGCUGAAGAGAGGUUACGCGGGUUAACGAACAUGGCUCCAUUAGCUUCGGUGCAGGGAGUGGUGGCAGUGAACCAGAACAGGAAUGAUGAAACUGGACCAGUAUUAGCUAGAACUGCCAGGGGCAUAAGGGAAGGGAUUGUCAAGGGGCGUGCCAUUUUACAAAUGUUUUUCACAUUAACUCAAUUUUCUAGGAUAGCCCUUCGCUACUUUGCCCGGCGAACAAAGCGGUAGAUAAACAAAUCAGACAAGGUUUCUGUCUUUUGUUUCAUUUUCAGGACGAGGAGACUAAGCAUUCCUGCUUUCUUCAUUUGUAGAUGCUUGCAAAUUAUUCACUGUGGCUCUGUCAUUAAUGAACUAGGUUAUGAUUUGUUGCAACGCUAGUGCCAUGUGGAGGCACACUAUAGUGCAGUUCUGAGCUUCAGAUUGCGUUAAUCUGUUAGGAGACUGAUAACAAACAUUGCUUUGUAACAUGGGGUGGUCAAUGUUGGAAAGGAGACAAUGGGAUGAAGGCUGUCAUUGUGUUCUAUGAUUGAACAAAAGUUCUGGAUAUAUGUAGUUAGUGUUAGAUAUUGUUCGUUGACUUUUGAACAGGAGAACCUAGCUAAACACUGAUAAAGUCAAUGACAAGUAGGAAUUAAGAAAGAGAGAGCAAAUUAUACCAAAACUACAGCAUACGCUUUCUAUUUGGAGCCCUGAAUUAGGAUCUAGGAGAAGUUUCAUUCUUACAAUAAAAGUCUUAGUUCCUAGUAUAUUGGGAAUUAGACCUAAGUUAAUCCCUAGAAGGAAAAUAGAAACUAAAGUUUCCUAAUUUGGUAAGCAUGAAUCUCUCAUAAAACUUCAUUAUACGAAUAAAAAAAGGAAAACCUUAUGCAAA